GUUCUUACAUGACUUCGCAUUGGCCGCGGUCUGUGACAUUGGAGGCGUUGGAUUCAGCCUGUCCAUCAGUUUUUGGGUAAAAUACAAAUUAGACAUCUUAACAUUAGCGACGUGAUCUUUCUGCCAGAACCAAAAAUCCCGAAAGCCAUUUCUUUCAAAUCUAUUUUUCUACUUUAGCACCGUGCUGGACGGAUCUGCCAUAGAGGAUAUAUGUUUGGUAAAGGUGCGAAGCGGAAGCUGGACGAGGAUGAAGAGGGGCUGGAAGGCAAAACGCUGGAGGCGUCGGUGGCGGGAGGGGUACUAGGCCUCGGUCCAGAGGGCCUGUCCAAGGUGUCGUACACCCUGCAGCGGCAGACCAUCUUCAACAUCUCCCUGAUGAAGCUGUACAGCCAGAGGCCGCUCGGCGAGCCCAGCCUGGAGCGCCGCGUCCUCAUCAACAACAUGCUGCGACGCAUCCAGGAUGAACUCAAGCAGGAGGGCUCCCUGCGGCCACUGCUCCUGCCGCCCUCGCCGCCGCCCGACGACCCCAUGGACGAGGGUUUCCGUGAGGCACCGCCCUCCUUUGGUGUUUUGUCAGCGACGGCAGCUCAGCCCUCUGCGUUGCUGAUGCCGGUGAUUGUUCCGCCGCCUUCGCCCCAUCCGAUGGUGCCUCCAAACUGCCAGGCAUCCCAGGCCUGCCUCAGCCGUGCGGAGGCCUGCCCCGCCCCUCUGGAAACCUGCCUCACUCCAGCCUCUUUACUGGAGGAGGAUGGUGGUGAUUCAGCCUUUUGUGCUCCAUCUCCACCCACUCCUCCUCUGUCGCCUCCCCUGGCGCAGCCUCCUCCGUUACCUUCGGCACUUCUGAGCCAGGCGCCCCCCAGGGUCCCUGUGCCCGCCUCGUCCACUGACGGUUUCCCCUCCGCUCUGAGUGACAUGGAGUUGGGUCCCCCCACAGCCAUAACAAGGACAGCAGCAGCUAAUACUACGACCGUGACUACCUCCCCGGCUCCCAUGCCACUCACCCCACCCUCCCACUUAGCACCCCUCUCCCCAGCACCCACGGGGCCACCAAGUGACUGCAGGACCACGAGUGCUAAACCAGAGGCAGCUGGCGCCUUGCUAGCAGAAGCCCGCUGUGCCGAGCUGCGGCCGAUGGACACUCUGCCCACACUGCCCCCUGGUGGCCUCGCAGACAUUUCCUCUUCUUCUUCCUCCUCCUCGCCCUCGGGGUUUCUCUCAGACUUGGCGCUGGACGAUGUCCUGUUCGCCGACAUCGACACGUCCAUGUAUGACUUUGAUCCCUGUACGACAGCGGGGGCCGUGGGUGUAACGGCAGGCGCCGGCCUCACCAAACUGUCGCCGGUGGUGACGGCGGACGACCUCCUCAAAUCGCUGGCGUCGCCGUACAGUGGCCCCGCCCCCCAGGUUUCAGCCAAUCAGCCUUUCAAAAUUGAUCUGACAGAACUGGACCACAUUAUGGAGGUGUUGGUGGGGUCGUGACUCAUGGACGCCUCCACCUCAGAAACACACAGACAGUUCAAUACGGAGAACAGACUGGAAUAAACUUUUGGGAUCGAUUGGGGGGGGGGGGGGGUUCCUGGUUGUUUUAUGUUUUUUUUAAUUUUUAUCUCUCUUCAAAGGUCGGUAAUUGUAAACAUCGAUAGUGAUGUCAAUUAGUACUACUAUGACAACUACUACUACACAACACUGUGCAUGCACUGUGCUCGCCUUUCCAAAUGUGGAAAUGAAGUAACCGGGAAACAAAGACACACAUAUGUUUGUAUUUCUAUACUUGUGAGGACCUCCAUUGACUCCAUUCAUUCCCUAAUCCUAAUUUAAACCCAGUUUUAAUCUCUAACCUGAACCUAAGCCUUAACCCUAAAAUGUAACUGUAAAUAGCAAAAAUGAGGAAUGGCAAAUUGUCCUCAUUCUGGAGGAUGUUUGCCGUCGUUCUAUCCUUGUGAGGACACUUACUCCUCACAAGUAUCGUAAUACACACAGACAUGACACACACACAAACACACUGAAUUCAUGGCUUUUAGCAGACGAGUGCCUUUCAAAAUGACCACUUCUUCAAUUCCUGUUUUUACAGUAUUUGUCCUUUUUUCUCUGUUUCACUUUAACAGCCUAGAGAGGUCACUCCUCUGUGUUUUUUUUUUUUAAUUUAUUGUAUUAUUUUAAAACUAUUAUUAAGUAAGGUAAUUUCUCAUGAUCAAAUAAUAAUUAUUUAAUCUUUAUCUUAUUACAGAUAGGAUGUUUUAUUUGUAAAGCAAGCAUAAAAAGGUUUUACGAGGAAUACAUUGUUUUAUCAGUGUGCUACAUGACAUAUUAGCUUGGCUAUAUAAUUACUCUUUGUGAAUAGCUCUAAAAGACAUCGCCUGGGUUGUUUGUUGAACUCUUUUGGUAGAAGGAAAUGUCUGUUCUUUUACACAUCAUGUCUAUGAAUUUAGUUCUUUUUUUUUGUUCCCUUCCUUAUUGGCAGGCACGUAUAACUGUGCUGGAUGCUGUUUUACAUGAGCUCAAACUAUGGAUGAGAUAUCAUGCUUCAGUCACAGCAGAAUUCAAAUGAGCUACGCCCACAGGAAAGCUUGAUGUGUUUACAUUGGAAGCGGCUGCUGCGCCACCACCAACUCUCGCCUCCCAGAUGGUUGUAGAUGAUCUGAAAAGUCAAACCUCGGCAGAGACCUUAAGCUCUUAAAUUUGGCUUUAUAGGACACAAAACAAAAACAACUCUCACAGAUUGCAAGAGUAGUCAUUGUGGUACCAAUAUGACUCCAAUAGAAUUUCUCCGAAUCACACAAAGCAAAUUGAAUAUUUCAGUAGAAAUGCCUUAUUUUCGGUUUGGCUCCUACAGAGUUAGCAACAUGAGUGACAGAGAAAUUACAGCACAGCGUACAGUAUUACACACACGCAUCGUAUUCACAGAGUUUGUUUACUUGUGUUUAGAAUACAUACGAUGGAUACCAGGAGGGCUAAAUCUGGCUGGCGAAUCAUUUGAAUGUGGAUUUCCACUUAAGUAGGGAACCCAAACCACAAUGUCAACCUGAUACUGCAACCAUGCAAAAGACUCUGCUGUUUCAAAACACUACCCCCGCUGCACAGGCCACUAUGCAUGAGUUCUGGCAUAAGUAGACAAAAUGGGAAGGCUCAGUGCACCAUCUAAGAUGUGGGUCACAGGAGGAUUCCUAAGGUCUACAGCAAACCACACAGAGUUUUAAAUAGAGUAGAAAUGCUCAGUUUAUUAGUCAGAUGUUGUGUCCACAUUUAGAAAUGUUUACACAAAUUUCCCUUUAUAAUUUUUUAUGUAAUAAUUUCAUUUUAUGUUUGAUCAUUUAGUAGUCAAAAUUUAACUCACAGUUCACAGAUUUGGCUUUAAACAAUGGUAUUCCAUGUAAAAAGGGAUACAAAUGACAUGUUAGAGCUAUUUGGAGUUGAGGCAAAAGGCUGAAAGUGACUGACGUGCCCCUAUCUACUUUCUCAGCCACACAACAAGCUUUUGCAAUUGAUUUUUAGUAUACAUCACACAUUUAGCCAUAAUUUGCACAUAGCCUAUUCUCAUUAGACUAACAUGUUGGCAAAAGGACAGCUGUAAUUUGAUAGGUAUAUGAGCCCCAAUAGUGGACACUGGCAGAAGCAAUUAACAAACCUUUUAUGUACAGUAGAAGCAAACCAGAACCACAAGAUAGAAUAGUGUUCAAAGUGCAGACACAUGGUUUUUUAUUACAAGUUGAUACAACAAAAAACAAAGUUAUAGAAUGCCUUUUCUUGCUGCAAUAUUCAGAAAAACAGAAGCAGUGAGUCAGCAAAAGUGCAACUCACUCACCUUGCCUCUCGACAGUGCAAUGAGAUUUUAACUAAUAGGCUCAGACAUUAAAGGAAAAAUCCACUCUGGGAUACUUUUACACAUCGCCAGUCUUUAAUGUACGAUGCAUUUCAGGACUUGCUGUGUGGUGAAGUGUUGUAAUUGUCUUGAGGCUACUUUUAGUGAAAUUGGAUUCUGCCUCCACCUCACUCUGUAAGAUUGUUAAAUAUCAAUGCAAUGGUGGCUUUCUGAAGUCCCCAGUUUCAUGUUUAAAGCUGCAUUCAUCAUGUUUUGCCACUUGUGGGCAACAGAAUGAGCUCAAAACAUAACAUAUGACACACUAUUACCAAGUCUGUUCAGUUUUACGAGGGCUGUGACUGGGAUUGUUGCGGCCUGAAUGCCUGAUUUCAUGGCAGCUUUUUAGGCCUUUUUUUCCAAUAAAUUUGCAAGUGAAAAUUGUAAAAAAAUAUAGUUGAAAUGCUCAGAAUCAGUCUAUUUUUAUGAGUAUUCAGUGUUUCCCACAGAGUUACAAUCUAAAGCAAAGCAAGUAGGGGCUGAGCAUAUCAAUAUGCUGCACGUAACUUUGCAAUGACAUUAGAAUUCAUCUGUUUUGUAGUAAGUGGAAUCGUUUGCAAAGUUGUGCAGAAUUUGCAAAAUUGUGAUAUCUUGAAGAGGGCUGAUAACCCUGUGAAGUUGCUUUGGCAAGUCAGUUGGCUAAAUAUUGCCUAAUUACAAUAUUGCACAUAAGCAUUCACUUGGAGUUGCACCUCUGUCCAUCUGAUAAAUUCGAGUCCCGUGUUCACUCUUUCUCGCAGACUGUUAUGGUCUCUGCCAGGGAAAUAAGGGAAAAAGGGAAAUAUUUGCCUCCUUAGCUGCUAACAUGCUCAAAUAUGUUCACCAGCUAGCCGCUAGCUUUGUCUGCAGUUUGUUGCUUGAAACUUUUUUUCACAAAAAACUAUAGCCUGCUUCAAGUGACAGAAGUUUAAAGAGAAAGAGUUAUGGGCCAGAAAACCAAAACAAUUAGCUAAAAGAAGCUAAAAUGCUCCAAAGAACUGGAAAAAAAUUGUGAUAAUUGACAGUGAGUUCAAAACUGCAAACAAUCCCUUACCAAUUAUGCAUUAUCAUUUGAUCCAAUAAUAAAAUAAAGUAUUGAUGAGUGCAGCUUUAAUAUUGAGAUUUUAGAUCACUUUUGAUUAUUCUUCAACUAUCAUUUAAACUGUAACAUAUCAUCUACAUUUUUCCAACUAUUCACAGCAAUAUAAGAAAAAAAAGACAACAGAAAAUGCACAUCACCAACUGGGUGGAUUUUUCCUUCAAAAGUCGUUAAGUAACAAGUAACACAAGAAACCCUUAACACUUCUGUGUCUGCCAACACAGCCUUGCUACGGUGUAAAACGGUAUGUUAAUGGUAUUUCUAGCAGCUGGUGGGACGCAGUAGUUGUUAAUGGGACAGAAUGUGUUAUGCAGUCUGACUCAUCUUACUGUGUUAGCUGACAGCAGUGAGGUCUGGGUGGUGUUAAAAUUUGUUCCAGUGGAAGAUGAUUAGUUUCCUAGUGUGCUUUUGACCUCAGCUCGUAUGUAAAUGAACAGCUUUUGAACUGAAUUCAAAGCGGAGUGUGAGGUGAGCAGACAGCAGCACCAACUAAAACUGUUUGUAGACGACCGUGUCUUGUUUCUUUCACUAUGUUUGAAUUUUGGAGUGCUUGUU